AUCCCAUUAUGAUGCUGCUGCUGCAAUGUGAGGGCCGGUUGGAGGGAUUAGGAACCAAAGGCUCGAGCUUCAGGAUGGGGAUCAGCAACAAACUGGGCAACUGUAACCACUGACACCAGUACAGACACUAAUGGCACAUGUAAACAGGUCAGAUGACACUGCUGCUGACCGACGAGGAAGGGCAUAUCUGGAGACACACUGACAUGGGGUCUGCUGAGCGAGCUGCUGCCGAUAGUGUGCCACCUGUUUUGGAGAAAUGACCGAUGAGAGAAUGAUUAACCUGGCUGGCAGUGCUGAUGUAUGUGUGUUAUUGUCAGUGGUUUCACUGUGUCUGUGUACAUGACAGGAGGUGAAGGUCUGGAUGAGGGACAGAGAUCAGAGACAAGAGACAGUGACAGAGAGACAAUGUUCAGGAGGACACUUAACACCAUCUGUUGUCCUGCAUUAUUGCUGGUUUAAGAGGAAAGUCUUUUUUAACAGUCGUAUUUCCAAUUCAAAGGAUAUUACAAAAGUCUUUUUUGGCUCCCUUGGUCCAAUGCAGCCAGCAGAGUAAGUGCUCAUUAGAAGUACAGCAGCGGCACAACAGCUGCGACUAUGUCAAGGUCUGAGGAAGCAGUCAGAGUCUGAUACAGCUGGAGAAACAGACUACUGGAGAAGCAGGGGCAGGUUCAACAGAAUUACCAGCAGUGGUGAAUACAAUCUGUACAGGCUGCAGGCUCUGCUGUGUCUUUAUCCUCUACCUCCUCAUCCUCUGCUCCAGCUGCAACUUCAGCUCCUGCAGCGAAAGAACAUAAUCAAAUCUUCAACUCGUCCAGGGUCUGGCUCUUCCAUAAUCUGCGGCACUCUCAGUUGUUGCCAUGGCGUCAGCAGCUCUGGAGCUGAUGGGCUUCUUCAUGGGCCUGUUUGGGAUGCUGGGCACCCUGGUCGCCACAGUGCUACCAUACUGGCAGAUUUCCGCCCACAUCGGCUCCAACAUUGUCACCGCCGUAGCCAACAUGAGGGGCCUGUGGAUGGAGUGCGUCUACCAGAGCACUGGGGCCUUCCAGUGUGAGACCUACAACUCCAUGCUGGCCCUGCCCUCCGACCUGCAGGCCUCUCGGGCUCUCAUGAUCAUCUCAGUUGUGCUGUCUGUCCUCGCCAUUGCCUUGGCGGCCCUGGGAAUGCAGUGCACUCUGUGCUUGGAGGGCUCAGGAACAGUUAAGAGUCGUGUAGCAGGCACAAGCGGUGGCUUAUUCCUUGCGGCAGGCUUCCUGUCACUCAUACCAGUGGCGUGGACCACACAUGAGGUGGUCCAGACCUUCUACCGACCCACCGUACCUACCAGCAUGAAGUUUGAGCUGGGGGAGUGUCUGUAUGUUGGUCUGGCCUCUGCGCUCAUCACCAUGCUAGGUGGAGGGAUGCUGUGUGUGUCAUGCUGCGAUGAGCAGAAUGGCGGCCGCGGGAGACGGCACGGCGGAGGGUAUCCAUAUCCAAUGGGAGGUGGCGUGCCGGGCACAGGGGUACGGACAACCUCUCAGACCUACCACAACCCCACCAUGCAGGUGGGGGGCAUCAACGCAGCCAGCAGGGGGCAGACGCUGGUCCGCAAUACCAGUCACAGCUCCCAGUCCAGUGUACAUGGAGUCCAGGGAGCCAAGAAACCUACUGCGGCAGGAUAUGACAUCACAGGAUACGUCUGAGGUCACUGUCACUCCAUCACACCUUUAAACGUGGCCUGCUGUUAACUUUCCUUUAAUUACAUAUAUUUAUGUAGUGUAUUUACUCGAAUGUUGUCACUAUAUGCUCUACGGAGCAACGGGACAAAUUAAAUACACAACAUGCAAACAAGUCCAGAACCUGGCUUGUCAGAGUGUGUCUGACGGCCUCUCUGCAAUCUGUGGUCGGUCCUUUUUGUAAGCUUUUUUCAAAAGGUUGUUGAAUAAAGUGGAAUUGUGACAUUUCAUUGGAGGACAGUUUCAAAUGCAGACUAUGACAACCAAAAAACACGUUUAGACUGCAACUAUUUCACCGUCUUUUCUUUGUAAAUGUUUGAUUGUCCUGUAGGAUGUUGCACAUUUCCAUCACCCUGACAGCAACUCAUCUGUUAUGCAGAGAAGUCACAUAAAGUUAAAACUACACACAUAUACACAGAUGUGUUGAGAAGAUUAAACGACCCUUUGAUCGUCUUUUAUCAUUUUUAUGAAGCAUGGAUGGCUCCGUCUGUGAUAAUGAUGAUUGACAAUGCUUCAGCAACAUUUGUGAAAAAUGAAACACAUUUGGGGGAGUUCACCGCGUCAGUGCCACAUAUUCCCAUUUUCAAAAGUUUUUAAAUCAAAAAUCCAUGACUAAUGGUUUGGUGCCACAUGGUGCCUGUUGACAAAGUACAAAAAAGUUUUAAAUGGAGGGAUACAGUUCUGCGCUUAUAUGCAUUUAGAAGAAUAUUUACAUAUUACAUCACAGAAAUCUGCUGUUUUUUCUAUAUGUCGAGCCAACAAAUACAUAGGUUGUUUGUGCUGCAUAUUACAUGCAGGAAUUGACUGUUUUAAGAAAAUAUAAAUAACAAAUCAGCUUUAAUACUGGUGUGUGAAAGCAAACGGAAACAUAUCAUAAACUGAUGAUUUGGUCUCAUAGAUUUUUGGACGAUUUAAAUGUGUCAGUAACAUCCUAGAAACAUUUUGACUCUCAGCUGAUUUUUGUUGUCAUUAUUUUGGACAGUCCAGUGUUGACCUAACCCUGAUAUUUCUAUACACUUCUCACAGUACUGUAUCACCUGAAACUCAGACACUGGACUUCCUACAUUUAGUGCAAGCAAAUCAAAAUAUAAUUGUCUCCCUGAUUACAAUCCAGAAUCAAACAUUUUAAUGCUGUUUUUAUAUAAAUUAAUAUUGUGCCUUAUUAUCAUAGUGUGAACAUGUUACAUGUAUUUGGGUUGCAGUCUGAAAUAUGAAUAAUGUUUGCUGAGCGUGUCUUGGGCAUUUAUUUAUACAUAUUAUCAGAAGUUUGAGGAUCACCUUUGUUUUUUUAUAAAAAAAAACCUUUUUUGUUUGUUUGUUUUUACCAGUCUGAGGAUCUACAGUAUGCACCUGCGUACACAUUCAUACGGACUCAUGGCGCAAAACGUGCGUCACUAUGUUGAAUACAUCGCCAAAAACUGAAAUUAUUGUGGCAUGGCUGAUGUUUUCUGCUGAUUAUCAGGGAUGUAUUUACAGAACAUAAAACAACUUUUGUCAACAACGCACCACAAAAUCACAUUUUUAAUUGGAAAUAAAUGAUAACUUUUGUUAUUGUCA